CCCGGCGCCAGCUCCGGGGAGGCGGCACCCAGCCAACCCCGGCGCCAAGUCAAGUGCCACCGCGAGCGCAGAGGCGAGAGCCCCUCGGACUCGGGGCUGGAGCACCCAGGGGACCCCCGCCCCAGCCCGGUGCCGGCGAUCCCGACUCGCUGGGGGCUCCCGAUUCCCAGUUCUUCCGCCUCGCGCCCCGCGCCUCGGUCUCCAAAAACGGAGUCUCCGCUUGCAACCCCGGGGAGCCCCCCAGGGCCGGCCCAAGCGUCCCGGGCGCCCAAGAUGCGCUCCAUCAGGAAGAGGUGGACCAUCUGCACCAUAAGUCUGCUGCUCAUCUUCUACAAGACAAAAGAGAUCGCCAGGACGGAGGAGCACCGCGAGACGCAACUCAUCGGAGAUGGUGAACUAUGUUUGAGUCGAUCACUUGUCAAUAGUUCUGAUAAAAUUAUUCGAAAGGCUGGUUCUUCGCUCUUCCAGCACUCUGUAGAAGGAUGGAGAAUCAAUUCCUCUUUGGUCCUCGAGAUAAGGAAGAAUAUUCUUCGUUUCUUAGAUGCAGAACGAGACGUCUCGGUAGUCAAGAGCAGUUUUAAGCCUGGUGAUGUCAUACACUAUGUGCUUGACAGGCGCCGAACUUUAAAUAUUUCUCAAGAUCUCCAUCGCCUUCUACCUGAAGUUUCACCAAUGAAGAAUCGCCGGUUUAAAACUUGUGCAGUGGUUGGAAAUUCUGGCAUUCUGCUAGAUAGUGGGUGUGGAAAAGAAAUUAACAGUCACAAUUUUGUCAUAAGGUGUAAUCUAGCCCCUGUGGUGGAGUUUGCUGCAGAUGUGGGAACUAAAUCAGAUUUUAUUACCAUGAAUCCAUCAGUUAUCCAAAGAGCAUUUGGAGGCUUUCGGAAUGAAAGUGACAGAGAAAAAUUUGUGCAUAGACUUUCCAUGCUGAAUGACAGUGUCCUUUGGAUCCCAGCUUUCAUGGUCAAAGGAGGAGAAAAGCACGUGGAAUGGGUUAAUGCAUUAAUCCUUAAGAAUAAACUGAAAGUGAGAACUGCCUAUCCAUCAUUGAGACUUAUUCAUGCUGUCAGAGGUUACUGGCUGACAAAUAAGGUCCCCAUCAAAAGGCCCAGCACCGGUCUCCUCAUGUACACACUUGCCACAAGAUUCUGUGACGAAAUUCACCUGUACGGAUUCUGGCCUUUCCCCAAGGACUUGAAUGGAAAAGCUGUUAAAUACCAUUACUAUGAUGACUUAAAAUAUAGAUACUUUUCCACUGCUAGUCCGCACAGAAUGCCAUUAGAAUUCAAAACAUUAAAUGUGCUACAUAAUAGGGGAGCUCUAAAACUGACAACAGGAAAGUGUGUAAAGCAAUAAAGCACAGUGGAAGGUUUGAAAACAAACUGAGUAUGCACUUCAUUUCUGAAGAUGCUUUCUAAAGUAUAUGAAGAGGAUACCAAACAGGAUUGGUUUUCAGCAUCUACCAACUAACUGGAAGGAGAUGAAGGACAUUCAUGAGGAAUCC